AUUGGUCAAGGAGAGUAGAGCAAGUUAGUGAAAGCAGAAAGCCUCUGGAUCAGAUGUUGACAAAUUGUUUUGUUGAUAAACUCGAAAUCGCUCUUCUUGUCAGUUGAGUCACACCUCAGAUAAAAGCUGGCAAAAAUUUCCAUUUGAAAGAUGGGAGUAAUUGACCGCAAAGGUCUCGUGCCGAAAAAACCCCAAGAGAUCAGUCCAAUCUCGGACGAUGAACUCAGCAUACCGGAAACCGUGUCCUCGCAAGCUUCGACUAUCGUUGCGCAGCCGAUUUCUCGUCCGAGACCCUCGAAUAAUAAGACCACCGUGUUGGUGCUCACUCACCCUGGCAAACACUGCGGAAAACGAAGGCUCAGACACUACAAGGAUGUUGAAGAUUUGAUGCGAUGGAACGAAAAGAACGAGUAUGAAAUCACGAUCCACGAUUUCAUGGGCAACAAGCCCUCGCCCUUUGCCAUCUUGUUGAACGACGAUAAUCUCUUGCAGGCUUGGUGGGAGUUUAUCAACAAGACCAACCAGAAUUAUUUCAUCCAGAAGGCUGCCAGUGUUCUUUCCCUGCAGCAAACCUCGGGAGAAAAUGAGGAAAACAAGCCGCAGAAAAGGCUGCCGAUGCCUUCCGAGUACAAAAGAAUCGAGAGACACCUGAAGGAAAUUCUGCAGAGGAAGUCGACCAGCCCGGAAAUGGUCCGCGAGAUCGAGCAGCUUCUGAUGCAGUUCUUCAUGGAGACCCCGAAGGAAACACUGCGCAUCAAAAAACUGACCAAGUACGAGAGUCUUAUCAACCAGGCCGUGUGUCAAUAUCACGGUCUAGACGCUGAGGUUGAUGAAGCUUGCGACAAGAAAAGGAAAGACUUGAUUGUCGCGCUGGAAUCCGAGUUUUACACCCAGCCCACCACUGCCCUGAGCAAUUACAUAGAGCAGCGCCAGAAAUUCUUUUUGUAGAUUUUUUUCUCCGCACAAGUCAUUAUUAUUUUCAUUAAUAUCAGGACUAGGUCUUUUUGGACUAAACUAAACUGCCCCCGAUGAACAUACGUGUAUAUAAACGCCUCUGAGUGUUGGAAAAAAUAAAAACUUGGAUGAUUAUCA